UCCUCCUCAUCAUCCUCCAUCGCCAUCGAUCGUCAUUACAAGAAAGAAAGAAAACCAGAAGAAGGACAACCAUGUCCAACCUUCCCACCUCCCUCCGCGACUCCUCCCUCACCGUCUUCCGCCUCGCCAUCUCCAGCUCCGACCCUUGGCCCUUCUCUUCCUAACCCCAACCCUUCCGCGUAGUCUUCUGAGGCUUCUGCUCCACCUCUCCCACACCACAACCAGCCAAGAGAGCCCCGCUUCCGAUGCCACACAGGGCGGCGCCCAAGGGGUGCGUAACGGUGCGCGUGGGCGCCGACGGCGAGGAGCAGCGCCGGUUCGCGGUCCCGCUCGGCCACCUCAGCCACCCGCUCUUCGCCGCGCUGCUCGAGGAGGCGGAGCGCGAGUACGGGUUCCGACACCAGGGCGCCAUCGCCAUCCCCUGCCGCGUCGACCGCUUCGUCCACGUCGAGCAGCUCAUCGACCGCGACCUGGGCGACCACCACCUGCACCUCGUCGACCUGGACAACUGCGGCGCCACCCUCACCGCCGGACACAGCAACAGCCACAUCCAGCUGCCGCGCUUCGUCGGCUGCUUCCGCGACUGACGGGAUGGGCCCAACCACAGAUCGGGGCGCUCGAUGGCUCGAGUUCUUGAUGUUUGCUGUUUAUACGGUGAAUUGCUUCGUUAGUCGAGAGCAUUCGUCCGUGCUGGUUCGUUUCCCCGACCGUUCC